CUUUCGCCUUUCCCUGUCUCUCUUUUAUUUCGGCCUCGACUUCGCGUGUCUCCCUGUCUCUCUCCUCCCCAGCUCCGCGAAAGUCGGCGUGGGAGUUCCACCGCGUUUUCGAGCUUCUUUUCGUCCCGUCUUGUUCACGCUUUGUUUUUUUCCCGCCUCUCGCUCAGACGUAUCGCUGAGUCUCAGAUGAACUGAGAAGAGGCGAACAAAUCUGUUUCCCGCAGCUCUGGCGACCCUCCCCGUCAGCUGCUCUCGUCGAAAACAGCUCUCAACUCGUCCCAGUUCCCUUUUUCCGUCGCGCGCCCGUCGAGCUUUCUUCUCCUUCUCCUCCCGCCGUUGCCCCCGAGCAGAAGAGCGUCCAUAAUAACGAAGUUCUUUUUCCUCGUGUGUCUCUUCGCGCUUCUCCAGUCUCGCUUGCCUUCGUCUCCCGUCGGGAACACGCGCCGGCCUCUCUCCUUCAGCUGCCGCCCGCGCUCGCUCCCUUCUCCAGCGUCUUGUUUCCCCGUUUUCUCUCCCCCAUCCUCUCCGCGGGGUCUCUGCUCAAACUGACUGGCUUUCUCUUUUUUCCUUCCCGCGCUCUCACGUUCUCUCCUCGUCCUCCGCCUCCUUCGUCACUGGCCCUCGCGUCGUCUGCCCCCCACCGCAGUUCUUCUCCUCUCCGUUCUCUCCGUUCCCCUCCGUUUUCCUCCCGGAGUUCCCUCUGGCCUCCUUUCGGCUUCUCGCUUGCCUGCGUCUCCUGCGCUCCUCCGGCAACAAAAGCUGCUUCGCUGCACUCGCCUUUUGCCCUUGUUCAAGAUGGAUCUGGAGGCGUUCGUGUCUCUGCUGCGCGCGGUGAUCUCUCCAGAUCCCGCCCUGCGGAAGGAAGCUGAGAGGCAGAUCAAGGAGGGGAAGGAGAAGCAGCCUGCCGCACUGGUGUCCCUCGUUCUACAGACUGUUCAGACCCACAGCGACGACGAAGUCCGCCUGCAAGCCGCCGUGCUCUUCCGGAGCUUCUUCCGCGGCGUCAUCGACAGCGAGGGCCAUGUCUGGAGACAGCUGGGCGACGCGGAGCGCACGCAGGUCAAACAGAUUCUGCUUCACUGUCUCGACACCGAGAAGAACAAGCUCGUCCGGAACAACAUCUGCGACACGAUCAGCGACCUCGCCUCCGACCUCAUCCCCGUCGACCAGUGGAACGACCUGGGCCAGGUUCUCCUCGCCAUGAUUCAGAGUGGAGUGCCUGUCAAGCAACAGACCGGCCUCAAAAUCCUCUCAGAAAUCGCGCCUGUCCUCACUGAACAACUCGCCGCAGCCGCCCCCCUCGUCUGCAGAAUCAUCUCCGCAUGCAUGGCUAGCGGACAGGACGUCAACACCAGAGUCGAGGCGUUUGCUCUCCUCGUCGCCGUGGUCGAGGACAUGAACAAGCGAGUCUAUAAAAAGUUCCUUCCGGACGCCAAAACGCGUGCGGCACCUGAGUGCCCGUCUGUACAGCUGCUCGUCAUCGAUACACUCGAAGCAACUUUGCGCGCAGGAGCGGAAGACGAUUACGCUCUCGCGGAGAGAAUGAUGGUUUCGGUGAUUCAGCUGUGCGAAGCGGAGCAGGGCGGCGGCGUGUCUCUCCUGCGUCCGCACCUCUCGCAGUUUUGCGACUACCUCUUGGCAAUUUCUUUGAUUGGCCAGGGCCAGCGCGAGGCGGCGGAGGCCGCCGCCGCCGCGGGAACAGCCGCGGCCGCCGCGGCGCAGGCCGCUGCGGCCUCGUUGGGCUCCACAGGCGCGUUGGGCGCGGAUCAGGGCGCGUGCGUAGCGGCGACCGCGUGUGCGACGAAGACGAACGACGAGGAGACUCCUGAGGGCCUGCAGAACUGUCGGAAGUACGCCAUCGAGGCCUUGCUUUGCUGCGUCGAACAAAAAAGCCAAGUGAUGUUGCGAGUGCCGAACUUCCUCAACCGCCUCCUGGAGGCCCUCCUCAUGUGCAUGCUCGACAUCCGCGACAGCUCCUACGCCAAGUGGCUGGAGGAGGGCGAAGAAGAAGACGAGCAGCGCUUCUUCGACGUCGGCGAAGAGGGUCUGGACCGCAUCUGUCGGGCGUACAGUUCGGACGAGGACCUCGCGGUCGGCAGUCGAACGCAGGCGGCGUCGAUUCUGCUGCCGGCGCUCUUCAACUACGUCACAACUUUUCUGCAGCGUCCAGAGUGGGAAUACCGCUUUGUGGCGCUCAUGGCGAUCUCCCAGACCAUCGAGUACGUACAGGAAGACCAAGAAGAGGAGCUGGACUACAUUGCCAAGACCCUCAUGAGGUACCUCGGCGACGGCGACUUCCGUGUGCGCUUCGCCGCUGCACAAGCGAUCGGACAAAUGAGUCUCGACCAGACGCCCUACGUGCAGGAACAAUUUGCGAGUGAAAUGCUCCCUCUCCUCAUCGCGCGAAUGGACGACGAGGUCCCUCGCGUUCAGGGUCACGCAUGCGCGGCGUUUGUGAACUUCUCUGAGGAAGUCGAAAAGGCCGAGAUGCUCAAGGUCGCGAGUCAAGUGAUGGAAAAACUCCUGACAAAGAUUCGCCCGGGAACUCCCAAGACGGUUCGCGAGCAUGCAGUCACCUGCAUCGCGGUCGUCGCGGGCGUACUGGAGGAGAGCUUCGUACCCUACUACUCCGCGGUUGUUCCUUCUCUCCUCGACGUCAUCACCAAUAGCACAGCUCUCGAGCUCCGUUCUCUUCGAGGGAAAGCCAUCGAAUGCAUCUCCAUUGUCGGCCUCAGCGUCAGUCGGGAGCAGUUUGCGGAGGACGGGAAGGUGGCGAUGGAGGCGAUGCUGCAAAUCGCAGAGAGCACCGCGACGUGUGAAGACACAAAGACCAGCAGCUGCUGCUCGCAAGCUACGCAGCACAGAUGCAUGGACGAGGAAGGCGACGCAGUCCGCGAGUACCUCACCGAAGCUCUCGGUCGCAUGUGCAGAGCGAUGGGUGCCGACUUUCUGGUCUACCUGCCCCGAAUUCUCCCGCGCCUUCUGGAAGUCCUCACCGUCAAACCCAAGGAAUUGAAGGCCGAAGAAGCUGAAGAUGAUGAGGACAUGACCUACGUGAUUUUGGAUUCGAACACUUCGCUGGGUUUGAAGACCUCUCUGUUGGAGGAGCAGAGUCGCGCGCUGGAUCUGCUGUGCACAAUCACGACGGUGCUGCAGGAUCCGUUGACAUCCGCGUCGCUGUCGACAGCGCAGUUUGCCUCAGGUUCGUUUCUGCAGCCACUGGCGGAAGCGGUGUUCCCUCUCCUCACGCAUCUGCUCUCGGAAGACAUAAAGCAGAAGGCGCUGGAGACGAUGGCCUCCCUGAUUGGCACAUGCAAGCAGCUGGUCCUUCAGUACGCGCGCCGCGCCGCGCAGGCGCAGGGCGAAGGACAGCCGCAGGUGGAGGAGGAGGCGCGCAGAAGCGGCGCAAGUGUGAAGGAGAUGCUGCGCGCCAUGACUCUCCGGACUUGCGGAGAGGUUUUCAAGUCGCUCCAAGAUGAAGACGGAGACGUCGACUCGAUGGUCGCCGAAGCCGCGGGACUGAACGAUUGCCUCUCCAAAGCCGGAGGCGAAGUCUUCACCGACGAAGAGGUAGCUCAGCAAGCGCUGAAUGUAUUCUCGGCUCUGGAGAAGUCGUUCGAGCGUCGCAUCGACAUCUCUGCGCGGAAGAACCGUCAGGAUGAAGAAGUCGACGAAGACGACAUGUUGCGCCUGGAAGAAGAAGACCAGCAGGAGCAAACGUUGCGUUCGUCUCUCUUGGAGAUUGUGGGGACUUUGAUGGCGACGCACCCGAAGGAGUUUCUUCGCAGCAAAGCAAGCGAGGCAGCCGCAGCCUUCGUUCAGCAGUUCCUCAGAGAAGACGCGCCGGACGAGGACAAGAGCGUCGCUCUCUACGUCUGCGACGACAUUCUCCAGCACCUCAAGGAAGACGGCUUAUCUCUGUGGCCGCUGUUCAUGCCUCGCCUGAUUCAGUGUCUCCUGUCUUCCGACGCGCGCGUGCUACAAGCCGCGGCUUACGGCGUCCAGCAGGGCGCUUUGCUGCAGCAAGCCUUCCAGCCUUUUGUGCAAGAGGCAGCGAAGAACCUCCUCACUGCAGUCAACAGAAGUCAGAAAACCAAGAACAAAAUGGAGCAGGCCGCGACCGACAACACGGCAGCAGCUCUGGGAGAUUUGCUUCGUUGCUACGGAGGCUCGAUGCAUGAAGAAGAGCAGCGAGUGCUGCUGUCGGCUUGGCUGGGGAAUUUGCCACUGAAGCAAGAUGAAACGGAGGGUCUGCGCAUGCAUAAAUUCCUCAUGGAAGCCGUUCUCCAGAACAACGCGGUGGUCUUGGGACCGAACGCCAGCAACCUGCCGCGGCUGCUGCAGAUUCUGUGCGCAGUAUACCGCACCGAUUUCUCAGAUUCGGAUUUGAAUGAGGAAAUCAAGAAGCUUUUCGCUCAGAUCAACGCUUCCGGACAGCCUGCACCCCUGGCUGCGCUGUGUCAGAACUUCACUGCCAAGGAGCAGAAGAAACUCCAGAAAAUUCUCAAGUAAAGGACCUCAGAAACACCUGAGGGAAAUAGAGAGAAGAGCGACCGUGCGAGAGGAGAGACGCAGAGGAGAGAGACGGAGACGCAGAGACAGAGAGAAAGAGGAGCAGACGUGUAUGUAUCUUUGGAGAUGGCAGCUGCGGACGGAGACAUGUUCGGGAGAGAGGCUUUUUUCUUUUGAAGAGAGAAGAAGAGAAGAGAGCCAAGGCGGGAAGACACAAGAACAGGCGACUGGGGACGAAGCGCGGUUGCGCGGAGGAGGAAAAACGAGAAGCCUCAGGCGCAAACGCAGAAAAAAGAGAAAGUGGAGAGGAGAGGACCAGGAGGGAAAAGGUAGGAGGCUGAGAGAAAAGACGUUCAAAAUGGAGAGAUUUCGAGUCAAAAGGGGACAUCAGAAGCAGGACUGGCGCCUUUGUUUUGAAGAGGAACUUUAACUGGGACCGUCUUCCUGGAACUCUUCAGUCUUGUACUUCCGCCGCUUGGGUGACUUGCCUGUAACUGACAGACAACUCAGCGGCACAAGGUGACAAAGGCCUUUUCUAUCUGCACCAAGUCGCAGCUGACGGAAUUUUUCCUACAGAACAUUUUGAACUUUCUCUCGAAGGCAUUGGAAAAAGCUCCCCACCGUCGGAGUCCGAAUUCCAGCUCUCUCUUCACAAAUAUAUAAAAGCACAAGCGUCGUAGUCUGCAGAUUCAUGCAUGAAAAGUAUGUAGACACACGAGUCCAUCUCCAUCUUUGUGCAAUUAACUGCAUGCACUCGUCUAAUUCCAACAUCA